AUGAAUGAAAUUGACAAGACUCUGCCACAGUUGCUCAAUAUGUUACGAACUGCUGAAGGCAACAUGAAAAAGGUUGGACCCAAGCCCAUACUGAUGGUCCGUAACAACAAGGGCAAGAGAAAGACCAAAGUUCAGACAAAGCCUAAGGGCAAAGGUAGGCCCAAGCUUAGAAAAGGAAAUGCUGCACUGAAACCUAAAGGUGGGGUGUCUAAGGAAGGAAACUGCUUUCAUUGUGGUGUGACUGGACAUUGGAAGCGAAACUGUCCUAUCUAUCUUGAGGAAGUCAAGAAGGCCAAAAUAAGCAGAACAUCUGCUUCAGGGACUACAAAGGAGUAG